AUGUCUGAUCAAGACAAGUCCGCACUUGACGCCAACAAAGGUUCCGUCGGCUCCCAGUUCAAGCCCGAAGGAUCCAUUGGACAAAUGGGAGAAAAAGCCGGUGGUCCGCUGAGCAGCAAAGGCGCGGUAGGAAAGGAGUUCACGCCUGAGGGGUCAGUUGGUGGCACUGCACAGUCGGCCGCCGAACAAAUGCAGGGAGAGAAGAAGCCUAUCUUUGACAAAGAUGGCGCAAUUGGCAAACAAUUCAGACCUGAGGGAGCAAUCGGCAGCGUCGGCGAGGCCGUUGGCGGUCCCCUCUCAUCCCAGGGUGCUAUUGGAAAGCAGUUCACCGAGCAAGGAGCGGUAGGAGGAGCGAUCCAGGAGAAUCUGGGCAGUGGGAAGAAGUAG